UCUCCUGGCUAUUGAGUUUUUUACUGAUCAUUAGCAUACGCCGAUCCGUCAAAAUACGACGAUCUACGUUCGUUUUCCGAUAUGAUGCGGCUGCUUGACCAGUUGUGGGACGAUACCGUUGCCGGUCCCCCACCCGAUAACGGCCUCGGCAAGCUCCGAAAGCACUCCACUUUCACUUUCCGGCCUAGCUCCGCCAAGGAACCUGAUGGCGGGAGUGUGAGAUCGUACGGUGAUGAAACGCCGGAGGAAGCAACGAGAGUGACACGUAGUAUCAUGAUCGUAAAGCCGCCUGGUUAUCAUACCGGAUCGCCGCCGGUUUCGCCAGCCGGUUCAACUCCUCCGGUAUCGCCUUUUUCCGGAGGCAGAGAGUCUUUUCGAUUUCGGAGAAGGUCAAUAUCGGACGCGUACGAGAAGGCUAACGAGGUUGGAUCAAGGAGCCCUCGUCCUCCUUACGACGUGUGAUAUAUGAGCCGUCUCUUCGUAUUCUGCAACUAAACAGAUGCCUUUGCAGCUUGUCAAUUUUAGCUAGGGUUGUGUACCUUUCGCAUGCGUAGUUCUCUUGAACGUGUAUCUUACUGUACUAUGUAAGAACCAUGGUAAUGUACUGUAAGAUUGAAGUUUGCUGCUUCUGUAUAAAGAGCUUGUCGUCAUCUCCCA